AUGGCCAGCUUCUCAGUAAGUGUAACCAUUGGCACCCGGCCAAUUGCCCCCAAAUGGUCAAUGCGACUGCCUAAGGAUGGCCAGAUCUACUACGGCGAUGCCAUUCUGCCCCCGGGGGUGAGUGAUAUUGUCCAAGCCACCCAGGCCAAAGUCAUCCAGGGCGAUAUUUUCGGUCAACAUCAGGUCACCGAUCAGAUUGCAGACGUGCGCAUGCUCCUUGCUCCUUUGGCACGGAAGGACAUCGGCACUGUUCGCUGCCUCGGGUUGAAUUACGAGCAGCAUGCCAAGGAGUCCAACCUGCCAAUUCCCAAGUAUCCUGUGCUAUUCUUCAAGCCCGUCACAUCAAUUGCGGGGCCCACGGAUGACAUCCCUGUUGCCUCAAUUGCCCAGGAGGGCGAGGGCCUGGACUACGAGUGUGAACUGGUCAUCAUCAUCGGCAAGGCGGCCAAGGAUGUGUCCGAGAGCCAGGCCCUGGACUAUGUGCUCGGUUACGCUGUGGGCAAUGAUGUUUCCCAUCGGGACUGGCAGAUCAAGCGUGGCGGAGGCCAAUGGGGUCUGGGCAAGGGCUUCGACGGCUGGGCACCCUUUGGCCCGGGAAUUGUCUCCUCCAAGCUAAUUCCGGAUCCGAAUGCCCUGCACAUCUCGACGACUUUGAACGGCCAGACUGUUCAGUCUUCCUCGACCAAGGACAUGAUCUUUGGGGUCGCGAAGACUAUCGCCUUCCUGUCUCAGGGAACUACUCUCCUGCCCGGAGACAUGAUUUUCACAGGAACUUCCUUCUUCGCUAACUCGGGAGGAUCAUCAAGACCGCAAGGUGUAGGCAUGGGUCGCAAGCCAGCUCUCUGGCUAAAGGACGGGGAUCAGGUGCAGGUAUCGUUGCAGGGAGUGGGCUCCUGCACCAACCGUGUGGUCUAUGACAAGCCUGGCCCUAAACUGUAA